AUGUCAUUUGCAUGGGUUUUUAAACUUUUGAUCAGAAAGAAAGCAUUUCGUACUGUUGAGAAAGCGAAUGUGAGGAUGGUUUUUUUGAAAAACCCGGACAAUGCACUGUUCACACAAUUUUUUGACUCGAAUUAUGCCCUCCUGGAUGAUAAGAUAUUUUCUUAUUUGCUAUGGUCAGAAGCUGGCGUUGGUCACUGCACUUUAGAAGCGUGGGUUGAAGAGGAGGAUUGCACACGGCCUUCUCGGAAGAAAACGCCCUUGCACGGUGGUUUAGAUCAGAAGAUAAUGGACAUCGACAAUGGAAUGGACUUAAGUGUGUUACUCGUACUCAUUACUCAUUUGGAGUCUUUGCAUCAACUGACUAACAUGUUUGUCAGUAUAUGUGCUGUUUUGUUACGCAUUGCUGAAAACCGUAGAAAUAGACGCAAGAGAGUCUCAUUGGACCAUCGUGAGAGGGCUAGAGUAAGGGAAGUAAACUUCCUUAGGAUUGUUCACAUAAGUGACACGGCGUGUAUAGAGAAUACAAGGAUGGACCGGAGGUCUUUUCAUAACUUGUGUGGGUUGCUUAAAACCGUUGGUCAACUUCAACCGACGCAGUAUAUGGGUGUAGAGGAGACGGUUGCAAUAUUUCUUCACAUUUUGGCUCACGAUGUCAAGAACAGGAUAAUUAAAAGACAAUUCAUGAGAUCAGGAGAAACUAUUAGUAGGCAGUUCUCUAAUGUUUUGCUUGCAGUGUUACGUUGUCAUAAUGUUCUACUAAAACGACCUGAGCCAAUCCCGGAAAACUCGACCGAUGAUAAGUGGAAGUGGUUCAAGAAUUGUUUGGGGGCACUUGAUAGGACACACAUAAAGAUUAACCCCUUACAAGCGGAUAAGGCCAGAUACCGGACUAGAAAGGGUGAGAUAGCAACUAAUGUUUUAGGGGUUUGUUCUCAAGAUGGUCAGUUUAUUUUCGUCUUGCCUGGUUGGGAGGGAUCAGCUGCAGAUUCUAGGGUUCUAAGAGAUGUCAUCAGUCGUCCAGACGGUUUGAAGGUUCCGAAAGGAUAUUAUUACCUAUGUGAUGCUGGUUACAUGAAUGACGAAGGUUUCCUUACGCCAUAUAGAGGACAACGAUAUCAUCUCAAUGAAUGGAGGCACGGUGCCCAACCAAGGACAGCCCAAGAAUUUUUUAAUAUGAAACAUUCGUCUGCGUGGAAUGUCAUUGAACGUUGCUUCGGCAUGCUUAAGGGGCGUUGGGCAAUUGUACGAUCGAAGUCAUUUUAUCCCGUUAAAACGCAAUGCAGGAUUAUAAGCGCAUGUUGCUUGCUUCAUAACCAUAUCAGGAGAGAGAUGGUAGUGGACCCUUUGGAAGCUGAACAAGAUGAUAUGCAACAUGUUGAAGAUAACAUGGGAGGACCUGAUUUGAUUACUCAUGUUGAGUCAUCUAAUGCAUGGACACUGCGGAGGGAUGAAAUGGCACAAAACAUGUUUAACACCUGGAGGAAUCGUGUACACUCUUGGUGGACUGGAAUUAUGACCGAGGAAAGCCAGACUUUCAGAAACAAAAAAAAUCACACAUGGACUGCCGAGGAAGAUAAGACUUUGGUCGAAUGUAUGACUGAAAUUGCUGGUCUUUGGAGAGGUGAGAACGGGUUCAAACAAGGCUUCUCUAAUGCAAUAGAGAGGAUGAUGCAUCAAAAGAUCCCUGGUUGUGAUCUUCAGGCUAUCCCUCAUAUCACCUCGAGGGUCAAGUUGUUGAAAAAACAGUACAAUGCUAUUUGUGAAAUGACCGGAGGUUCUGGUGGGAGUGGCUUCGGUUGGAAUGACGCGAAGAAAAUGAUUGACGUCGAGAAGGCAAUAUUUGAUGAUUGGAUUAAGUCUCACCAUGCUGCAAAGGGCUUUUACAACAAGCAUUUCCCGUACUUUGAUAUUUUGGGAACCAUAUUUGGCAAGGAUGCAGCAACCGGAGGUAAUGCAGAGACAAUGGGACAAUCGGUCAAUGUCAUGGAGUCAGAUACGGCAUGCAAUGCAGAGAGUGUGAAUGCAUUUGACGACUAUCUACACCACACGGGGGACUACAUACCCACCCCAUUAGAAGAUCCAGUCAUACCAGAAGUCCCAAUUGAAGAAAUUGUGCCGCCCUCAUAUGUGUCUAAUGCUACUGUCAAGAAAGGAAAGAAACGUGACAGACCAGAAGAUCCUUUGGUUGCUCCAAUAGUUGAUGUAAUGAAAGAUAUAAAUCAAAACUAUCGUGAGGGUAUUGACAAGCUGGUAUCAUGCUUUCAACAUCAAGCUAAUGGGAGUAAAAGGCGAAUGUCAAUUAUGGAAGAGCUGGGAAAAAUUGGAGAUCUGACUGAUUCACAGAUGGUGAAACUUGCGGUGCAUUUGGGAAAGGAUACAACGUUGACAGAUGUCUUCAUGCAAUGCAAUGAUCAGCAAAGGAAGUGUCUCCUGGCUGACUUGCUGAGUGACAAGUUGGUAUUGUAA